UUCUCCCCCGACAGCAUAAACGUGGGUCCCUUUAAUCUUCAAAAUAAUCAGAGCCAGUAUGGGAAAGAAAAGAAAAACACACUGUGCCAAAUCGUACUAGCUUUCUCUCUCCUCUGCUCUCUCUCUCUCUCCUACCGCUUCUUCAAGCCCCACCAGUACCACACCCACCACCACCUCUAGGGUUUUCCAUAGCCUAAACUUCGAUUCCUUCCUCAUUCCUCAGCUUUUAUGACAGUAUCUCACUCAAUGUGUAAAAAAGAACACCCCCCCACCUCUUGUUUCAGGGUUUAGAUGUCAUAAUAUGGAGCCAGUGAAAGAAGUGUAAAAACUAUACAAAUUGUGAACUUCUCUGAUCUACAAACAGUCUAAAAAUUACCUGUUCUGUUCUUUUUUCCAUGAAUUUCCUGUGUCUGAAGUGCUUCUUUAGAGACCUUUAAGGAUAAAUGUUGCAGGACUGAAUUCCAUCUUACUGUUUUUGGCAUUACAUUCAAGUGGCUUUAGUAGAGUAACCCUGUAAUGGGUUCGUUUUCUGGUACUUGUGAAAUUGUUGAAGCAAGUGAGGAGCUGAAUCUAGGUGGUCAACAUUCUAGGUCAUAUAAUGACAAAGAUCGGAAAUUUCCUAUGCUCAGACUUGGACGUAAGGAUUCCAUAGAAGGUGAUAUUAAUCAACUUUUUGAGGCAAUUAGUCUUAAACCUUUGUCCAAGGACUUGCGUCUUUCACAAGAUGGAACAAGCCCUUUAAACAAAAGUGCCUUGAAAAGGCCAAUUACAGUCGGUAUGUCUAAUUCACCGAGAUUUGGGAAUUCAGAACCUGUAUCGCUGAAACAGGCAUUAAGGGAGCUAUGCAUUUCCAAGGCAUCAGAAAUGGCUGCUAUGAAACGGUUAUCAAAGUCAACUGGUUCCCCAGGAGUCUCAGAAGCUGGAAGGAUAAAGACAUUGUACAAUGCAGUUGUGGUUGAAGCUAGUGAAUCUGGCCUAUCCUUAGCUGAAGGUAAACGGAGUCUGGUCAAAAUAUCACUGGUGCCAGAAGAAAGCAAAUCAAAUUCUUUUGGGAAGAUGCCUGAGCAUUGUCAAAUGCCCAACAUGAAGUCACCAAGUCAAAGUUCCCAUUCCUCUCCUAGAUUUACUGCUGCAAAAACACAAAAUAAUGCUGGUAAUAUACAAAAUGAGAUUGUUUCUACAUCAAGGAUAGUUGGGGAUCAUACACCAAAGGUAGAGCUUGCACAGAAAGAGAAGCAUGCAUCUGCACCUUCUCCAUCUUCUUCUAGUACUGCUGGCAACAUAUCAGAGCUGGUUGAAAAAGUUCCUGCCUCAAUGAAGUUAGCAAAUAAAGCAGCGGCACCUAAGCCUGGGCGGAAAGGCAGAAUGCAAGCCGUACCUUCUUCUAGUUCAGUUGUUGGUGGUAGGGCGAGCAAGUUAUCCAGGAAUACCCCCCGCUCUGUCAAAUCAGUUGUUAGGAACAAGACUUCUGUCAAGAAGAAACUAAAGCAGAAUUCAAGCUCUGCUGCCUGCACUUCUACUGCAUAUGACAAAGUUAAUAAUGACUUGGAUUCUAGUAAAGGUCAACUGGUGGAGAAAAGUGUUGAUGAUCAUUUUUGGAAGCCCAAUAGAAAGAAGAAGCCCAACAACGUGGGCAGAAAAGAGUUAGAAAAAGGUUUAAAAAACACAAACGAGAAGCAUCCAUCAGCAGUUCCCAACCGAAAAAUCCAAGCUCACCAGGCAAAUGCUACUCAAGCAUUAUUACUAUAG